AUGGCCGAUAGAAAAGCAGAAUUAGAUAGGAAAAAGGCUAAACUGCAAGCCAUUAGGGAAAGCAAGGAAAGGAAAAAAAGAGAACUUGAACAAAAAAAUGCUGAUGAAAUAACAAAAACAUAUAAUGUGAUUGAAAGGGAUCACAUUAAGGAAGUUGAUGAAAUGCUAUCUUCAUUAGGAGUUGCACCUGUAUCGGAUGUUUUGUCAAGUUUAUCUAGCAAUUCGUCUCUUCCUCCAGAAACUGAUACAUCAACUGCCACUCCUCCUAGUUCAUUGGCAACAGCACCUUCUAGCAUAACACCUAGGUCAAUUACAAAACAACUUAGUAUAGUGAAAUGUGGAGAAACUAAUAUACCUGGAAAAGAACUAGUUUUGUAUUCAAAGCAAACACAAACUACAACAAGUGGGCAGGAAAGAGAUGGAUCAUGCUCUUCUUCUUCCUCAUUGAAAGGCUAUAUGGAUGAUUGGUGGCGUCCAAGAAAAGUUCUUACUUAUGAUGAAACGGAAGCCGAAGACGAAGAAAAUUCUCUCUCGCAUCUCGAUGGAUUUCAAUCCAAACUCCUUCCGGGUAUACUCCCUCACGGAUUACCCCACGUAAAAGAAGUCGUGCCAGCCGUUACUGUUGUCGAAACUCAAAAGGAAAAGGAAAAAGUACCUCCGAGGGAAUUGAGCGAAGAAGAAAAACAAAUGAUCAUGUUGACGGAAGAUUUUCAAAAGUUUAUGCAUAGAGGAGGUCAAAUAAUGGAAAGAGCUCUCGCUGAAUCCGUCGACAUAUACACGGAUUAUACUGGCCUGCUCGAAAACGAAGAUGGAAGCGAUGAUAAAUCGAGUUUAAGGGUAGUUUUAAAUAGAAGAUUUUCCGAUGAUCGAUGGACGAAAAAUCGUUGCGUCAUGUCUUUGGAUUGGUCUCCGCAGUAUCCAGAAUUAUUGGUAGCUAGUUAUCAUAACAACGAAGACACUCCGAACGAUCCCGAUGGUGUUUGCUUGAUAUGGAAUACAAAAUUUAAAAAGACGACUCCAGAAUAUAUAUUCCAUUGCCAAAGUCCGGUCACUAUUGCAAAUUUUGCCAGAUUUCAUCCGAAUCUCAUUCUCGGCGGAACUUAUUCUGGCCAAAUUGUUUUAUGGGAUAAUCGCGUACACAAGCGUACUCCAAUUCAAAGAACUCCUCUUUGUUCAGCGGCGCAUACGCAUCCCGUGUACUGCUUGAAUGUGGUCGGUACUCAAAAUGCUCACAAUUUAAUUAGCAUUUCCACGGAUGGUAGAAUGUGUUCUUGGAGUUUGGAUAUGUUAUCGACUCCUCAAGAAGUUUUGGAACUUCAAUCCAAACAGAAAAAAGCCAUCGCCGUAACCGCUUUGGCUUUUCCUCCGAACGACGUGAAUAAUUUUGUCAUCGGGAGCGAAGAAGGAGAUGUCUACCAAGCUUGUCGUCACGGUACAAAAGCCGGUGUGGUAGAAACAUACGAAGCUCAUCAAGGUCCAAUCACAGGUUUAGACGUUCACAACAGUCAAGGGAGCAUCGAUUAUUCUCACUUGUUUUUGACUUCUUCCUUUGACUGGACCAUUAAGCUGUGGAGUUUAAAAGACAACAAGCCAUUGCAUUCGUUUGAGCACAAUGCAGAUUAUGUGUAUAACGUCGCAUGGUCACCCACUCAUCCUUCUGUUUUUGCGGCCGUUGACGGCACGGGUAAACUAGACGUUUGGAAUUUGAAUCAAGACACGGAAGUACCCACGGCGGGUAUCGUUGUGGAAGGAGCACCUGCUUUAAAUAGAGUUAGCUGGUCUCAAAGCGGUCAAUACGUGACCGCGGGAGAUGACUUGGGAAGAAUUUGGGUGUACGAAGUUGGAGAAGCUUUAUCUCAGCCGAGAGUGGAUGAGUGGAAUAAAUUUAUGUACACGUUAGAAGACUUCAAACAUAAUCAAGCCGAUGAAGAAAUCGAAAAAGCUGCCAACAUGAUUUACGGUUCGGGGCCUUCGAGUUUGACAAGCCUUCCAAGUUCAUUAUCUCCAGGUCUUUCCAUACCCGUACGUUAA